CCAACAAUGGCAGUGGGGCUGGACAGCAGUGGCCAGCCUCAACUUUGUGAGCAGGUGUGUCUCUUGCCCCUGCCUAUCCCCAAGAUUAUAUGUGGAUGCCCUGGAGAGGCUAUGGUCACAACUGGUAGGCCUGUUGCAGUCAUCACCAUGAAUGGGAGAUUUGACUUCCAUCUGCCCCGCAAGGUCUGCACACUGUGCUCAGUUGAAUGGACUCCAGAUGUCAAGGAGCUUGUUGCCUACAACUAUUGGCCAAGUGUCAGCAGCUCCCAAACCAUUUACUCCUUCGCUGUUUUUGACGCUUUCAGCGAAGUGAAAGUGUCCGCCCCUUCCUUCUCCCGAAACGCAUUUAUUAAGCUGCUGCAGCACCAGUCUGCCCAAGGAGGACGGUCAGGGAACAUCAGCGGGGACACAUUCCAAAAAAGCUACUUCGAGUUUUGCCUGUGCCAACAUGCAGAGGACAAACUGACAGAGGAGGACAACUUCAAUUGUCCAGCGUGUCAGCCUGACAUGCUGGCAGUAUGCUGCGAUGGCAAUAGGAAACACUACCGAUUUAAAAAAAACCAAGGAAUCGAUGAACCAUCUAUAUAUGAUGGCUUGUUCCUUGCAAGAGACAAGGAGGUGUCGGCUUUCGUGGACAAGAUCCGGGGGAGCAGCAGCAGAGCACAUCAGAAUCGGACAUGUGGGAUGGCCAGGUUCAGGGCCAGCAGGGAAACAUCCUCAAAGUCAUCUGCAAAGAUAGAUGAAGAGGGACUGCAGGUUGCAGUGUGCAGACAUGGGAUAUUGCUCAGAGGCCUGAACCACUACCGCGGGGAAAUAUUUGCGUAUCCCCUGUAUCUGCAACAGGAGGUGGCGGAGAGGGCCAACGUCACCUUCUUUUGUAUGGACGUUGCCUGCAGGUACUGGCCAUACCUCAAUAGGGUUAUUUCAAAGCACCCGGAGCUCAGGCCUCUGACCGAGAUGAAGCCUUUUUUAAGUGUCAUGCAUGCAAAAGUGCAUCGGCCAAAGUGCGAGGUGACAUGGGGUGGCCGUAGUCAGGAAGGGGCAGGCAACACUGUCGGCGAGGAAGUGGAGCAGGUAAAUAGUUUUCUCUCCAGGGCAGCAGUCGUGACCAAAUACAUGACAAAGUCAGGGAGAGAAAACAUGCUUACACAGCAGGCCAUGGGGUGGAACAACAGGAAGAAGAAACAUCUACACAAAGCCUUGGCCCACAGAUACACCAAAAUCUCGGAAAGGGCAAAAACGGAAGCCGACAACCACAGAGACUUCUGCCUGAAGAACGGCAUCACCAAAGAGAAGGCGCAUCAGUGUGUGCAUGAUGUUCUUCAGUGGGCAGCUGAGGAGGUGGAAAGUAUGGAGGAAGCCAAUGAAGAGCUCAUGGAGGACAUUGAGACAGCUUUGGUGGACCUUCUGCGAAAGAAGCAGGACCUGUAUCGUCAACAUGACAGCAGCAAGACCAGAGAAAAGAAACGACGAAAAUUAAGAACACUUAAAGAGAAGCUGAAGCAGAAGGUUGAGGAGUACAAUGAAACUGCUGAAGAGACAAUUGACAUUGAGUUGGCCUGCAACUUAAAUGAGCACUACAUCCUGCCAUGGGAGAGAGGCCGUGAUGUCAACACCAGGUUGAAGCGGUCUGUUUUCGAUCAAACAAUGCUGGUCAGACGCUUGGAGGAAGAGCAAAGCAUCUUGGUGAAAGAGAUGACGCAACACAUCACGUCCCUCCGGAAGGAAAUGAAGAGAGUGGAGAAGCUUGCAGAUAGCCCCACAUUUGCCGAUUCAGAAGACCUUUCAGUGGAUGCUUCUGAUGGACUGAAAACGGUCUGCAUUAGGAGAGUAUUUACACUCACAAACAACAUUAAGGAAGCGGUUGCAACGUAUACCGCAGUUGUUGAAAACCUACCACUGACAGAGGAAGACAACGAGGAUGAAGAAGAUGAAUUCAGCUGUUCUGACUCUCCAUACUCUGAAUCGGACGAAGAUUAGUUUUUCUCCAUUGGUUUGGCUCAUUUCUCAAAUAGACAUGUCAAAUGCUUACUGCAAGCGUUCUACAUGUGUCAAAUGUUUAGCACAUCUUUGCAAAUGGCUAUAUACAAGUAGGUUGCACUACACAUUUAUCAUACAAUUAGCACAUUUCCAAAUGAUUUGAUAUCGCUUACCUAAACUGACUACUCAACUCCCAAUCUAAUGGUUGCUCUCUGCAAAAGAAGUCAGCAUGAUUAAAUUUUGUAAAAUGCAAAGUACUCUACACAAUUGUCAAAGUAUUCAAUGAUGUCAUAUUUUAACAGUAGCUUACAUUUAUUAUUGUAAUCGACAGGUCAGGGAGUUCAUACUUAAUGGGUUUUUUGGGUUUUUUUUUUUUUUUUUGAAGGGGUGGGGGGGUUCAUAAUGUUUUUUCUCUGUGUUUGAUUCUGCUUGAUUCUUCAAAUGACAUUCUGUAUUGAAAAUAUUAUUUCUUUGGAUUUGUCCACGUUAUUAUGAGAGUGACACUUCACUGUUACUUUAAAAGUUACCUUAAAAUGUCUCUGUUGUCAAACUUCAAUGGUUUCACUCACUUUUUCAUUUUUAUACGUAGUUGAAAAAUGUUAUAGUUAGGGCUUCUUUUAUGUCACUGGAAAGAGUUGUGCUUACUAUAAAUUGUCGUGCAAUAUCAUGGAAGUGGUUUUUAGAGUAAACACAUUCUGUUCUUACCAGCUGGUCAUCAGGGCUGGAUUAACGCACAGGCUAGAUAUGGCUGCAGCGUAGGGGACCCCCACCUGCAAGGGGGGCCCUGAUUGGUCAAAAGUUGAAAAAAUUGCAGAAUUGACCAGACGUAAUAUUGAAAAAUUAAUCUGUCUGUUGAGUAGAGUCAGUAGACAUGUUGUUUUUAAUUCCUGGCUUAUAAUUAUAUGACACUCUCUAUGUAAAUUUUGUUGCGAAAUUUGCUUUCUGAGGGUCCCCAAAGCGCCCUGUAGCCUAGGGGCCCCAGUUCAUCUUAAUCCGGCCCUGCUGGUCAUACUGAAAUAAAGUAGAACUUGGAUUUGAAAUAAAUGUAUGUAUUGCAUUGUCCAUAAAAUUGCAAACUGUUGUAUUGGAAAUGUGAUAGCCUAUGCAUGUAUACUUGUACAGUAAACAUGUGUACUGAAGUUGCAUUUGGGGGUAGGGGACAUGUGACCAGUGUUAAAUAA